AUGCCAAAGUCACUCCCCAUCUUACUGAUCCUUUCUAUAUUGCCAAUCAUCAGUCUGGCAAGUGACUACGAGGAUACCAUACUGAAAUACCGUGCCUCGCCAAAGCUCACUGGUCCUGUGAAGCUGCUACACGAUCCUGACGACGCCAUUUUAAAUAAUUUAGACGCCGCCAUGGAAAAGAUAUCCGCCAUUUAUAUGCAAGCCGUUUUCGCAGGAACCCACACCCCUGAGAUGGAGGCGCCACUGCGAGGCCUCGAAAUGGAACUAUUCGAACUACUGGAUCAGCUCUACCAGCAGAAUCGUCUCAAGGACUAUAUGAAGUACGAGGCGGAAGUGACGCGACAAAUGAUAAUCUACAACAUGCUGAAGAGAUUGUUUGGAUACACGCAGGAUAGUGUGGAGGUAGCGCCAGGAAGCUUUUGA